AUGGUUUAUGGUGAAUUUUUCCGCAGACCUGGCAAAGAUGCAGAACUUAUCAAUUUGAAUGUGGGUGGCUUUAAGCAAUCAGUGGAUCAAAGCACUUUGCUCCGAUUUCCUCAUACCAGACUUGGGAAACUUCUCAAAUGCCAUUCAGAAGAGGCUAUUCUAGAACUAUGUGAUGAUUACAGUGUUGCAGAUAAGGAAUACUAUUUUGACAGAAAUCCCUCCCUGUUCCAAUAUGUUCUGAACUUUUACUACACGGGCAAACUUCAUGUCAUGGAGGAACUUUGUGUCUUUUCCUUCUGCCAGGAAAUAGAGUACUGGGGGAUAAAUGAGCUGUUUAUUGAUUCCUGUUGCAGCAAUCGGUACCAGGAGAGGAAAGAAGAAGGUCCUGAAAAAGACUGGGAUCAGAAAAGCAAUGACAGAAGCUUUGACUCCUCUAAUGAAGAAUCAUCCAUAUUUGAUAAGGAGCUGGAAAAGUUUGAUAAUCUGUGCUUCGGUGAAAUAAGAAAGAAGAUCUGGGUCAGAAUGGAAAAUCCUGCAUACUGCUUGUCUGCCAAGUUAAUUGCUGUGUCCUCCCUGAGUGUUGUCCUGGCAUCAAUCGUGGCCAUGUGCAUUCACAGCAUGCCCGAAUUUCAAAGGCUGGAUGCCAAUGACAGAGAGAUUGAAGAUCCUGUGCUGGAAGCUGUGGAGAUUGCAUGCAUCAUCUGGUUCACUGCUGAGCUAGUGAUCAGGCUCAUCACUGCUCCAAGUCAAAAGAAGUUCUGGAAGAAACCACUGAAUAUCAUUGAUUUUGUCUCUAUUAUCCCAUUUUAUGCCACCUUGGCUGUGGACACAAAGGAAGAAGAAAGUGAAGACAUUGAAAACAUGGGGAAAGUGGUCCAGAUCUUGCGGUUAAUGAGGAUAUUUCGCAUCCUGAAACUGGCCAGGCACUCUGUAGGACUGCGGUCUUUAGGCGCUACUUUGAGACAUAGCUACCAGGAAGUUGGACUUCUCCUUUUGUUUUUGUCUGUUGGGAUUUCUAUUUUUUCAGUUCUUGUCUACUCAGUGGAGAAGGAUGAUGACUCAUCAGAACUGCACAGCAUCCCUGUUUGCUGGUGGUGGGCAACCAUCAGCAUGACUACCGUUGGUUAUGGGGACACUUACCCAGUUACACUUGCUGGAAAGCUUCUCGGCACCUUAUGCAUUAUCUGUGGGAUACUAGUGGUAGCACUUCCAAUCACCAUUAUUUUCAAUAAGUUCUCUAAGUACUACCAAAAGCAAAAAGAUAUUGACCCAGACCAAUGCAACAAUGAUCGCAAAGAGAAAUGUAAUGAUCUACCUUAUUUUAACAUUAGAGAUAUUUAUGCAAAAAAGAUGCACUCAUUCAUUUCAAGCCUUUCCUCAGUAGGAAUCGUAGUCAGUGACCAAGACUCAACAGAUGCCUCCAGCAUCCAAGACAUGGAGGAUGUUUAUCACACAACUACUUUAGAUAAUGGUGCAGGAAAAUGAGUGGAAUCACUUUCUCUUUUCCUUAUUUUUCUUUUCUGAGUCCUGGUAAACAUGGACUUAAAGACUUCAGUGAAUUUAUUAAGUGCAUUUAAUUCUCAGGGUACUUAACUCUUAGCCAUAUUUGGACAUUCUUUGCUCUGAGGAUGC